UUUUGUGCAACUGCUACGCGAACAAUGUUGAGCAAAUGGCUUGUUCGCAUUCCAGCGGUGUUCACCAUACAGGCAGCUUUUGCGAAUUACUGUUUCCAUAAACGCGGUGAUGUCGUUACGGAGCAGAAGGCAACAACCUGCCUGUUGAUGGCGAUAUAUGAAGAAGCAGCCUGUACGGAGCCGAAAGAUGUUAUUCUAAUGGGGGUAGAGGCUCGAGUGAAAGGACUGCCUUUAUGUGGAGUUUGGCCCAUCGAUGGAUAUGCCGUGACAUGCUUGUGCGACCAAACCUUCUGCAACACAGCAAAGAAUGCAGCAAGAAUCAUUGAGAAAUCACUCAAGAACUUGACAAAAGCCGAAAAAAAGUUCAGAAGAUUCUUGGAGUCAAACAGCACAUCAUCUGAAGGGAACACAACAUUAAACCGAGAGCUUUUGGAAUGUUUCCUCAGACAUCUCAAAAGAAAUGAGCCUGUUGUGAUAAAUGGUGGCCUGAGAGGGCUGCUGUUCAUUGCAGCCACUGGUGUAUUCGCUGUCUUCUGUGUCAUACCUCCACCAGUGUUCAGACGUCUGAAAUCUAAAAUGAUGGACGACCAUACGUCAGAGAAACGUCAGUCGGCGGAACUUCCUGCACUUUCACAAGAGCAUAAGAACGAGAAAUAA